AUGGACCUCAAAUUCCACCCAGCCACCGUUUCCCAUCCGGCCGAUCCCAAACCGGCGAAACCGGCAGAUGAUUCGGGCGUGGUCGUCGUCGAGAUGGAGCCGGCAAAGCCACCGCCGCUACGAAGCCCAUGGCGCACCAAUGAAGCGUUGCAGCCGGUACCGCCGGUAGCUACGGCGCCGGUAGCGGCGCAGAAGCGAGCGGAAACCAUCGUGGAACCGGAAGCGAAGCCUGUGGCGCCCCCCGUGGCGCCAAACCCAGCGAUUGCCGAUCCCAAACCCACGGCCGAAACGCCAAAACCCAGACCCGACCCUCCGCCUACCUCAGCCCCCGCACCAGUCACCCCGUCCUCCGGCCCGAAGCGACCACCCUCUAAAAUUAAGCACAUUUCCCGGAAGUCGCGCAGGAAG